AUGUCUGACUACUCUCCCUCCUCCACCUCCCCUUCGGAGACCCUCUACAACACAGAAAACCGGAUCCGCUCCCCCACCCGCGGCACGAAGAGCUCUAUCACCGACGACAUCGUCGUCCUUGACCCGCGCAACGUCCAGCAGUGGCAGCUGGACGCGGCCUCAGCCCGGGCAGAGGGCACCACCAACAAGCUAGAGGCUCGCCUCGACAAGGCGACUGCCGAGAACCUUGCGCUCGACAGCGAGGCCGCUCUCCUCCAUUAUGAGAUGGACGGUAUUUUUAGUUUGCGGAAGGAGGACUUGGAGAGAGAUCAGCGGCGUCACAACCGGGCCUUGCUCUUCUGUGUUUUGGCUGUUUUUGCGGGGUUUCUCUGGUCUUGGGUCUUUCAACGUGGUGCCAAUGAGGUCUUUGAGCUCUUCAACAGCGACCUUUCCUAA